AUGGCCAGCACCUUCCUGCCGUGGCUGAAUUCUCAGAAUCCUCAUUAUAUCCCCGGGUACACCGGACACUGCCCACGGCUUCGGUUCGGCAUGGGCCAGACCUACGGGCAGAUGACGGGUCAGCUACUCCGGGGAGCUCCCGGCAUAGCCUGGCCCCCGGCCCAUCGCACACUGCUGCCUCCCAUUCGGCCUCCGCGGUCUCCCGAGGUUCCCCGUGGGAGCCUGCCUGACAGGUGGGGGCACCAAAGGCUCAGUUCCAGCAUGAUCCCUGGCUACACAGGUUUUAUCCCCAAGGCACAGUUCAUCUUCGCCAAGAACUGCAACCGGGUCUGGGCGGAGGCCCUGAACGAGCUGACACAGAGGCACGGGGAACGAGGGAGUCCGGAGCUGUCAAAGCAGGCCAGGGGGGAAGAUGUGGAGGAAGACCGAGAACCAGAGCCAAAGCCGGAGCCGGAGCUGGGGGCGCAGGGGGCAGAGCUGGGGCAGGAGGCAGGACAGGCUUCCCCCUAUUCGAUGGACGACGGAGACCCUCAGAAGUUCUUCAUGUCAGGUUUCACGGGCUACGUGCCCCGCGCCCGCUUCCUCUUUGGCUCCGGCUUCCCUGUGCUCAGCAACCAGGCCCUGCAGGAGUUCGGACGGAUGUGCUCAGAGGGCAAAUCCCAGAAGGGUCUCGAACCUCUCCCCCAACUUUCAAGGAUCUACCCUCAGAACCUGGGUCUUUUACCGAACUAUGGGGGCUACGUGCCAGGAUACAAGUUCCAGUUUGGCCGCACGUAUGGGCAUCUCACCCACGAUGCCCUGGGUCUCAGCACCUUCCAGAAGCAGCUCGUGGCGUAG